GGUGAACAGAUUAAAUAUAAUACAUCGUGUAAUUUUUAUAUAGAUUUAAUUAAUUUGUUAAAAUAUGUAAAACUAGCAAUUUUGUGUAAUAGUAAUAAAAAAUGGAUGAAGAUGUUAUGUUCUUCCAUUUUCAUAACCUUCAAGAUGAUUUCAUCAAUUACUACCAAUCCACAAACAAAUUGCGGAUUGACCAAAUUAAGCUAAGCAAAAUGACAAUUUUGCACGGAGCAUACACACUUCAUAGAAGAAUUCAAUCAAUAUUUAACAAUCAUGUUCCAAAAGGAAUUGUGUUAUGCGCCCAUUUAAAACAUUCUAAAUUGCACGACUUUUUUAUUAUCGCAGCUUGUUUAAUAUACGGUUACACGUUGUUUCAUACGAAUUGGCAUAAUGAAAGAGAAGAUACAUUGGCUUACAAAUUGGAAAUCACAAAUUGUAGCCUAGUAAUACUGGAUGAUGAAUUGGAGCCUAACUUUAAGAUUCCUCACGUUAAGUUCCUCAAAAUAUCAGAUGUAUACACCCAAAGCAUAUAUAACAAGAGCAGAACACUUUCAAAAUACUUGACAUUAGUGGAUUCAAUGGGGAAAGUAAAAUCAGAUGUUAGGAUACAAAAUAUGCUAGCAUCCCAAACGAGUAGUGUAUCGGGGAUUAAAAUGGAUGACGUCUUGAUGAUAUCAUUUACAGAAGGAAGCACAAAGAAUAAACCAAAAGCCAGAAAAAUAACAUUUAGAGACAUGUAUGAGCAAUUCAAACGCCUAGAGUCACUUAACAUGUGGAACAAAAACGAUAUUCUUGUCCUCUUCAUAACAAAUCCAACAUACGAUUGGAUCAACUGUAUUGGACUGUACUACUGUUUCUACAGACCAAACGUGUAUGUGUACUUUAUGCAAAGAUAUACGUCAACAUACUGGAAGAUAUUAUGGGAGUCGAACGAACAUGCAAAAAAUGUGUAUCUUCCACUAGGAAAACCAUAUAAGAUUGUAAAUUUUGUAUAUCCGAGACAACUGGAAGCACUUUUUACACUUGAAGAGAUUAUAAAGCAGUUUACAGUAAAUGACGACGAUGUGGAUAAUGAUAACGAAAAUAACAAAGUGGAAUAUGUGCCAAACAAUACUAAUGUUGAGCCAUCAUCAGAUGAUAAAGAAGCGUUUGAUUCUACCGAUACGGGAACUAUUUUUAAGUUACCCAAGACAACGAGCAAAAUAUCAAAUUACCUGUUUGGUAAAAAGGGCCUAUUAAAUAACAUAAGAUCAUACAAAUCAAAGGAUUUUCAUCCUGUUUCAAAGAGCGCAUCAAAAGAAAGUGUAGAUAAACCAAAUUAUAUGGUUCCACAAACGAAUAACGAAAGUGAUAAUAGAGAUGUUUAUAUACAAAAAUUACAUUUGAAGUAUUCUGAGCUGUACAAUGUGUUGUCGGAUCAUAGAGUGCAUUUCUUCCUCUCAGGAUCACAUACAGACUAUAAUCUAACGAAAUCGUUUUCAAUGCUGUUCAGAGGAAAGGUUCCAAUAAUUGUGUAUGGAACUUCAGAACUGAGUCCAUUUAUUUCCAUCACAUCGCACACUGAUGACACGGAAACCUUUCAUAGGUUUGCUAACCUCGGCAUUAAAAACUUUUACAAUGAUACGCAUACAUACGGCUACUAUAUCGGAAACUGUAAAUAUAAACCACUUAACCUUCGAGUUGUGAGAUCCAUCUCGAGAGACGAUGAUCAGUUCUUGGUCAAAUGUGACGAGGGUGAGCCAGGAUAUUUGGUGUGUGAUGUAUUUGAAAAGCAAACAAUGUUUUAUGAUAGAGACAUAAAAGACCUGUUCUAUAACCAAACUUAUCUGGGCUUAGAUGAUAUUGGUUUCUAUUUUAAGUCUCAUGAUGAUGAACAAGAACACUUCUAUUGGUCAUACACAAUUAAUAGUUCAAUGGAGAAAGAUCCAAUACAUCCGCAGAUGCUCCUAAUGGGAACCAGUAAACUGGUUCAAAGUUCGAUAUGCCGUAGAUUUGGUCUAACAAGCUCAGUUGUAAAAGUUGAAACAGUCAGGGUUAAUGUUUUGAAGAAAUAUUCAAAAGUGAUAACGGUGGUUGAGCUUCUAACAGCGCAAAAAUCUGAUAUCGCACAGGAUAUAAGAUCCGGAUUCUUGAAAACAUGGAAGUCUUUAGGGCUUUUCAAAAACUAUAUUGAGCCUGAUGAGAUUAGAGUUAGCCAGAUUCCAUUCACGUACAAAGGAAGGGUCAAUUAUCCGGAACUAAUUCUGUCGUUUGAGAACCCAGACUGA